GCAAGGAAGCUGUUUUACCUGCGUGUGACAAUCCCAGAGGACACCGAUCAAGAAACAGGGGAGUGACUUGGUCUUCUGCACUACUUUACUCCUACCCCCACCUUUUUUAGGGGGAGGAAAGGAUUUUUCCAGUUCAAGAACCUCUUGCCCCCAAGUUUUGGAAGGGGGGUUGAAGAAUUGUCACCCAUCUGGGGGUGCAUGAAGGCAAUCGCUUUUCUUUCUCUGUCACCUUGGUUCUGUGGAGGUUUGGAAGAGAACUUUGCGUGGCAGAAGAGGAUGAUGUGGAAGUGGCUGGGCGCCCUGCUGCUGUUCCCGGUGCAGAUGGUGUAUCUGGUGGUGAAAGCCGCCGUGUGCCUGCUGCUACCGCCCAAGCUGCGAGACCUGUCCCGGGAGAACGUGCUGGUCACCGGCGGGGGCCGCGGCAUCGGCCGGCACCUGGCCCGGGAGUUCGCCCGGAGAGGAGCCAGGAAGAUCAUCCUGUGGGGUCGGACUGAGAAAUGCCUGAAGGAGACCACGGAGGAGAUCAGGAUGAUGGGGACAGAGUGCCACUACUUCAUCUGUGAUGUGGGCAACCGUGAGGAGGUCUACCAGCAAGCCAAGGCUGUCAGGGAAAAGGUGGGUGACAUCACCAUCCUGGUGAACAAUGCUGCUGUGGUUCAUGGGAAGAGCCUGAUGGACAGCGACGACGAUGCACUGCUGAAAUCCCAGCACAUAAACACCCUGGGACAGUUCUGGACCACCAAGGCAUUCCUGCCAAGGAUGCUGGAGCUCCAGAAUGGGCACAUUGUUUGCCUGAACUCUGUCCUGGCCUUGUCAGCCAUCCCUGGUGCCAUUGACUAUUGCACCUCCAAAGCUUCAUCCUUUGCUUUCAUGGAGAGCCUGACCCUGGGGCUGCUGGACUGUCCUGGAGUGAAUGCCACCACAGUCCUGCCCUUCCACACCAGCACAGAGAUGUUCCAGGGCAUGAGAAUCAGGUUCCCAAGUCUUUUUCCUCCUCUCAAGCCAGAGACAGUGGCCAGGAGGACGGUAGAAGCUGUUCAGAUGAACCAAGCCUUCCUGCUCCUCCCAUGGACAAUGCAUGUCCUUGUUAUCCUAAAAAGCAUUCUCCCCCAGGCAGCACUUGAAGAAAUCCACAAGUUUUCUGGGAGCUACACCUGCAUGAACACUUUUAAAGGCCGAACAUAGGCUGGCACCAGGACUGCUCUGCAGUGAACCCAGCACAAGCAUGAAAAUCCUCCAGGACUGGGAAUCAGCAGCUCUUGGCUUUCAGCCUGUUCAUGUGACUCGUGCUGCUCUGAGGCAACACAUUUCUUGCAGGUCAUAUCCAUAGUAACAUGACCUUUGCACAGGAUUGAGUGAGUGGACUAUGGACCCUUGGAAAGGAAAAACAGAAAGUGUGAAAUGUUUCUAUGAUGUUUAAUUCUUUAGAGUUCAAUUGUUAAAUCUACUCAUAGUUUUAAGAUGUGAUUUUUGUUUCUGAAGUGUCUGUGGGCUGUCUCAGUGGAGAGGCAGCACAUCCCAUCCCAAACACACUCUGUGCCCUCUCUCCAGAGGAACUGCCACUGGUUUCAUUUCAGCUUUUUGAUUGGGGAACUUCAGAAUUACUUGGAAGAACUAAAAGAUACGGACAUUUCAUGGACGCUUCCUUCUCUUUCUUCACUUCCCAUCCUGUGAUGAAGCUGUUCCAGCACACACUGGGGAAGGAGCAAACCAUGAAGCAAUGUUUUCUUUGCUAAAGGCCACCCAGCACUUCUCUUUCUGGGCCCAAAAAAGCUGUUGUACUUCCCCUCUGGAGGCUGGGCAGGAAGGCUCAGGCAGCAGAGCUGAGAGUUUAAAUAGUGGAAGAUUUUUUCUGUCACUGAACUCAUUUGUGAAAUUGUUGUUCUGAUUUUUUUUUUUUUUGUUCAUUUCUGAUAAAAUAUAAAUAUAUUUUUAGUGUUAAUUCC